UCAGCCGUUCAGUCAAUCAAUUGAUUUGAAUUCAAUUAUCAGUGCAUUGAAUGGCAAACAGACGGACAACACAUCAAUCCUAUGGCAAUGCCAACGGAUCUAAUGGUCAGUCGGGUUGGGAUGAGAUGGAGACCGAAAACAACCAAAUGAUUGAUGGCCUCAGGAAUAAAGUGGGAGCUCUUAAGUCGUUAACGCUUGAUAUGGGCGAAGAGAUCAAAGACCAGAAUCUCUUCCUCAAAGACAUGGACAACACGUUUGACUCGAGUUGGGGUCUAUUGUCUUCAUCGGUAAAUCGUGUGAAAAGGAUCGCCACUUCCGGUCAAAACCGUCACAUACUUUACCUCUUUUUGUUCGCAUUCUUCGUGUUCUUCAUUAUCUAUGUUAUCAUGAAAUUGAGAUAAUAUUUCUCUUCAACUCAUAGCCCAUUC